UGAGAGAGUCCGACGAAACUUUCAGCCUGUCUCGCUUGGCAAACAGGCAUUGAGCGGGAUUCCAAACAACACUUCCCCUUAACAUCCGGCCGAGCACGCGUCCUGGAUUUGGAUGGACGUCCGGUGAUACGGCUAAUCUCUUCAUUCAACCUCGAAUUAAGUCUGAACGAAACAGAACCGAUUUAGACUCAAUUUCUGACUGUCACAUUGAAGACCGUUUGAAAUAUCUCCAAAUUGGUUUUUCUUACACUUGUUAGGGCACCUUCAACAAUGGCUCGUCUCGACCAGUGGCAUGAAGACCGAGAGUUGGCAGUCGAGGUCUACGCAUCUCUGUGCCAUGAGGAGACCCGUAUCCUACCCUUCCAAGCUAAAUCUCCGCAGCUGAAUCUUCGCCGUUUCCUGGUCGAUUGGCUUGCCAUUGUAAGCGAGAAUUUGGAUAUCGAAAGCCCGGCUCGUCAUCUAGCCGUUUAUCUUCUGGAUCGCACCAUGGAUAGGUUUACUGUCAGCGGUGAAGCAUAUUUACAGAGACUGGCUCUUGUCUGCCUUCUAAUAGCAACCAAAUUUGAAGAGAAGGAAGUCAAAGUGGUAAAACUGACCAAUCUUGCCAACCAGAUCAACACCGAUGAAACGGCCAAGAAGGAAUUCUUCCAAAUGGAACUCCUGCUUCUGGAUUUCUUUGAUUGGAAUGUCUCGGUCCCGACGGCACUCCACUUUGUAGACUACUUCUUAAUGGAUUCUAUAGGCCCAAAUGAUCUUCAUGGAGGCAAACCUCUCACAAACUUUGAUGCCUUGAUUUAUCUGGAGAGAUAUGCACAAUACUUCCUUGAGAUUAGUUUACAAGAUCACACAUUCUCCACAUUACAACCGUCCUUGGUAGCAGCAAUCUGUAUAGCAGCAUCUCGUAUAUGCCUUCAACUCUCACCAACCUGGACAAACCAACUUAAAAAACUCACCAAGUACUCCUGGGAACAGAUCUCCCCUUUCAUUGAGACCAUGCUCAAAGCACAUGAAUCAGAUGAAAAGGCUGCCAAACGCAACACCACAGUGAGUAAGAAGACACACCAUGGGUAUGUCACCAGUACCCCUGCCAGUGCUCCUACUACGAGUAUACCAAUACAACCAACGGCUUGUUAGCCUAGGAUGCGGAUGGUGUCCAGAUGGCAGCCUUCUUGAUAGUAGAGCGACUGUACACUGCUUGAAUGCUGAGAAAGGACAACAUGGUGAUAUCAAGGAAUCGUUGUGUCACUUUACAUCACACCAUUGCAUGUGCUGGUAUUGUUUUGCUCUCGACCUGAUGACACAACAAUGGUCAACAUGGUCCAAGCUUCUGUAGAUGACCAAAGGACGAACUCUUCGAGAAGCUUCGGGAUGGAUGAUCAACUGCUACACCUUCCUGGAGAUGUGUACCUUCCAGACAUACAUGUACAUGUAGUAUAAAUUUGAUGGAAGUGUACUGUAUGGAUUAAGGUUAACAUGUUCGUAUAGAUUAUGCUAUGACUGAACUUUGGAAUGGAUGAUCAUUGGCAGUACCUCUCAAGAGUCAGUCACAAACCUUCCUUUAAUUUGGUAGGAGUUUGCUGUAUGAAGGAAGGUUGUACCAUGAAGAAUUAUCUAGUCUUCUUCACACAUGCGUAAGGUACAUGCAUCUGUAGCUUUGAAUGGAAUCCUUGUUUAUAGUGUCUUAUAAAAUUCUCUCAUUUCACCAUCAAUGAAUGGGUAUUGGGAGAUAUGGUGGUAAAUCCUGCCUGCGGCACAGCUGAGAACAUUACUGUUAAGUAUAACCAUUGAUUUACUCUUUAUGAUCAGGCUGAAACUGGCUGAAAUUCAUGGGAAUUCUGUUGUUGCAGUUUGAUCAGGUUCUGACAAAGUACUAUUUUUCCUGUUAGAUUAUAUUUUUAAGGUUAUAUCACUGCUAAAACCAACUCCUGUGUAACUCAGUUGGAGUCUUAACUCUUAACAGAAUGUGCCAUUGUUAAGGACAAACUUCUAUGCAGGCAUGCUGUACGUAACAAUUUUAAAGUUAAACAGGGUCAGGUUUGAAAGUAUGUACAACAUAUCAUUUAAAUGUUUGUGCAUUGUUUAGUGGUGUACACACCAUAAAAAGAGUCUUGCAGCUUUAAUAUUGUUGAAACCAAAGAAUACAUCUAUUUAUGCUGUAAGGUUGGCAUUCCGAUUGUAUGCAGAAGCAACUUACACGGCUCAUGUUAACGUAGAUGCUUAUAUAUGUGUUAACAUAAGUAUACAGAUGUUUUGGUUUUCAUAUUGCUUUCAAAGAAAAAUUGCCGUUUAAUCUUGUUGAUUUAUUUAUUUUUCUACACCCAACAAUUUAUGUGUGUGAUAUGUACCAGUCAGUGUUCAAAUCAUGUUUUGUUUAUAAUUGUCUUUCAAAAAAACGAUCAAGCAGCUUGAUUAUAUGCAAAUAAUAUUCAUGGGUGCAAUGGACAAAAUACUUUAUGAGGUGAAAGAUGAAAUGUUUCAUUCAAUGGGGCCUAGCAGAGUUGAAUGAAUCAUUCAUUUCAUCUUUCAUCGAAUGAAGUAUUCUAUCCAUUGAUCGAAUGAACAUUAUUUGUUUUAUAUUACACCUAAAAAUAGAUUCUUGUCAUUUGGCAUUUAUAAAUUUGAAUGUGAAAGUGCAUUCAAUGCGAACGCGCUCUUUUGAUUGUCACAAACAUACAAACACACAUAUUGUAAACACAAGUGUUUUUUUUUGUACUGCUGGUGGCCUUGGCGAGCACGUGCAAUUGACAAAAUCAUAUGGAUCCUAAAUUGCAUGAUAAAUGGAUCCAAAAUGGUUUACAUCAUUUUAAAAUCUGCUGAAUGAUUGACAUCAAACAACCAGUCAAAUGACAAUGAUCUAUCCAGGUGUCAUAUAAUCAAAAUUAUGCAAUACACAUUACAGGGAGUAAGACAGAGAAGCAAAGAAUUGAAGGAUUAUAUUCUUUAUUCUGUUAAUGAAACAAAAU